UAUCAAAACUGCUUUUACGCAGAAGGGUGUGAGUCGUGUCGAUCCUUGUUUUUUUUUUUAUUUGAUCAGUAUUCGAUUAAUUGAAACGAUCAAUUAGUUUUAUUAAUCCAUGUUUCCCUAAUUAAUUUAUUUAUAAAUAAUUGGUAACUUAUUUUAUCAGUAUUUAUUAGUCCGGCAACCAUGGCUCACUGUAUGAGAGUUUUGCAUGGCCAGGGUGGCAGGACGAGAGCAGUACUCUUGGAGAUUCAGCAGAGAUGCUUCAGCGUGUCUCCUCUUACCGCCGCGGCGGCCCAGAUGUCGAGGUUCGACAAAGCUCCCUUGCCCUACGAGAAAUUAUCACAAAAUUUGGAGAUUGUGAAAAAGAGGCUAGGUCGUGACAUGACCUUGUCAGAGAAGGUCCUCUAUUCACAUUUAGAUGACCCGAAAGGACAAGAAAUUGAACGUGGCACCAGUUACCUCCGACUUCGGCCAGACCGCGUGGCUAUGCAAGAUGCGACUGCACAGAUGGCCAUGUUGCAGUUCAUCUCAUCUGGAUUACCUCGAGUUGCUGUCCCAUCCACCAUCCACUGUGACCACUUGAUCGAAGCGCAGAUCGGUGGCGAUAAGGAUUUAGCCAGAGCUAAGGACAUUAACAAAGAAGUAUACAAGUUCUUGGAGACAGCUGGAGCAAAAUAUGGAGUUGGUUUCUGGAAACCAGGCUCUGGUAUUAUCCAUCAAAUUAUCCUGGAGAACUAUGCAUUCCCUGGUUUACUCAUGAUCGGCACUGACUCACACACACCCAACGGUGGAGGUCUUGGUGGACUUUGCAUCGGUGUCGGUGGCGCUGACGCGGUCGACGUGAUGGCCGAUAUCCCGUGGGAACUUAAGUGCCCAAAGGUCAUCGGUGUCAAGCUGACUGGUCAACUUAAGGGCUGGACGAGUCCCAAGGACGUGAUCCUCAAGGUGGCCGGCAUCCUCACCGUGAAGGGUGGCACCGGCGCCAUCGUGGAGUACCACGGACCCGGUGUCGACUCCAUAUCCUGCACAGGAAUGGCUACCAUUUGCAACAUGGGCGCUGAGAUCGGAGCUACCACCAGCGUGUUCCCCUACAACUCGCGUAUGGAAGCGUACUUGAAGUCGACUGGCCGCGAGAAUGUCGCAUCCAGCGCGAACGGCUACAAACAUCUGCUCACACCGGACCCAAAAGCACCUUAUGACGAGUUGAUCGAGAUUGACCUGUCGACACUGGAGCCCCACGUCAACGGUCCCUUCACACCGGAUCUGGCGAAUCCCAUUUCGAAACUCGGCGAGGAGGCCAAGAAGGCCGGCUGGCCGCUCGACAUCCGUGUUGGUCUCAUCGGUUCCUGCACAAACUCCUCAUACGAAGACAUGGGCCGGUGCGCCAGCAUCGUCAAGGAGGCACUGCAACAUGGCGUGAAAUCCAAAAUUCCAUUCAACGUGACACCCGGCUCUGAACAAGUACGCGCCACCAUCGAAAGAGACGGCAUUGCGCAGACACUGCGCGACUUCGGAGGCACUGUGUUGGCUAACGCGUGCGGCCCCUGCAUCGGCCAAUGGGACCGCAAGGACGUGAAGAAGGGCGAGAAGAACACCAUCGUAACGUCAUACAACAGGAACUUCACCGGUCGUAAUGACGCCAACCCCGCCACGCACUGCUUCGUCACCAGCCCCGAGCUUGUCACCGCUCUGUCUCUGGCUGGUCGGCUGGACUUCAACCCGGUAACGGACGAGCUGACGGGCUCUGACGGCAAGAAAUUCAAGUUGUCAGACCCGUUCGCCGACGAGUUGCCCGCCAAGGGAUUCGACCCCGGCCAGGACACAUACGAACACCCGCCCGCAGACGGCUCCAAGGUGACAGUGGACGUCUCCCCCACCUCUGAUCGGCUGCAACUGCUCGCACCCUUCGACAAGUGGAACGGCAAGGACCUCACCGACCUCACCAUCCUCAUCAAGGUCAAGGGCAAGUGUACCACCGAUCACAUCUCCGCCGCCGGACCCUGGCUCAAGUACCGUGGACAUCUCGACAACAUCUCCAACAACAUGUUCAUCACCGCCACAAACGCUGAAAACGGCGAGCUAAACAAAGUGCGCAACCAGCUGACGGGCGAGUGGGGACCGGUACCCGCGACGGCACGCGCGUACAAAGCGGCCGGCACUCCCUGGGUCGUCAUCGGAGACGAGAACUACGGCGAGGGGUCAUCUCGCGAGCAUGCCGCGCUCGAGCCCCGCCACCUUGGUGGCCGCGCCAUCAUCGUCAAGUCAUUCGCCAGGAUUCACGAGACCAACUUAAAGAAACAGGGUCUAUUGCCGUUAACGUUCGCGAACCCCGCUGACUACGACAAAAUCCAGCCAACGGACAAAAUUUCUCUCCUAGGACUGAACAGCCUCGCGCCCGGCAAGCAAGUCGACUGUGAAAUCAAACACAAAGAUGGCAACACUGAACGCAUCAAGUUAAACCACUCCUUGAACGAACAACAGAUCUCGUGGUUCAAAGCUGGCUCUGCACUGAACAGGAUGAAGGAAAUCGCAGCUGGCAAGUGAACACCCAGACGCGUUAGCAAGCUUAUAUAAAACUUGCACUGGUGUUACACCCCCCCAUAUUAUUAGGGUAAUUUAAGUAACUAGCAACAAUGAGCCAUAACUUAAUAUUCGUAAGGUGCUAGAAAAUGAAAUUGUAUACUUGUAUUCAAUCUUUUGUAUUCAAAAGACAUGAGAAUCUCAUGCCUUUCUACUUAGGUAGGUUAGGUUACCAAGACCAGUGCAAGAUGUUACCAUAUUUGUCAAAGAUGUUUGUUUUCAACACAUUUUAAUUAUAACUCGGACGAUACAGCCGCGGCAGUGAAUCUUCUAUUGCUAGGGUAGUACAAAAGAUAGAAAUUAGUGGUAAGUUUCAAUAUUUUCCUUUCAAAUGAAUUGUAAAUCCCAUGAAUGAACAUGAAUCAAUUGUUUUAUAUUAUUUAUGUAAAUAAUAUUUACCUGGAAUUAAAUCUACUUAUAUAAAUAA